GUCUCAUGGACUAAUUGGCUCUCAUUCAGCAGGAACCUAGCAGAUAAGUCUUCCUGCUAUAUAUCAAGACAAUGCUUGGUUUUCAAGCUGUUCUGAGAAUGAUCAAAGCAGUGUCGCAAUGUGACGUUGUCAGGGGAGGACCAGUAGCUUGAGAAUUUCCUAUUAAUCCGAUUGCCGCUUGAAGGCAGCCCAUUUCCAUUAAGCAGGACUGCAUGGCAAGCAGCCCCACCAAACGGUUGACAAUGAGCGUCCCAGUGGCUCCUAAGAAAUCAUGUUACACUCAGCUGCGGGACAACAGAAAUGCAGCGGGAAAUAAUAAUGAGAAUAUCCUAAGUCUGGGAGAUACGAAUGCCAAUCAAAUCAUGUUGGAGGUCAGAUCCUCUCAUGAUGAGUCUCAGACAUGUGGCCUGGAGGAUGAAAUUGGAAAUACAAAUUCCAGUGAGCCAGAAAACCGUACCCAUUUCCAUAAGGAAUGUCACCAACUUCAGGGCUUUGGGAAGGGAUCUCAGACUGGCUCCACCAGCCUGAAAGAUUUUAGACUUUCUUCAGCUAUUCAGAGGGAGCUCAAUGAAGAGAACACAAUGGAGAGAGGCACAGAUAGCCUGCAGACCCCGCGGAGUAUUCAGGGACCAAGUCUGUUGAGUUGGAGGAAUGUGAUGAGUGAGGCCAGUCUAGACGUUUUGGCUAAACGGGAUGCUGACAUUCCCCGGCAUGUUCCCAAGGAUAAAUUGGCAAAAACCCUCGACAAUGAGGAACUGAGGAGGCAUUCUUUGGAAAGAGCAAGCAGCUCUGCCGCUGCAGCUGGGAGCCUGACUCUGCAGCAUCCGCAGCCUGCACCCCUGGACUCCCUGGAAGGAUGGGGUCAGGUGCCUAGGGGUGGGGAGGGGCCGCAGAAGACAUUGCCAGACCACGCUCGCCCGGCAGCUUUCCCUCCAACUGACAGUACCUCAGAGGGAAAGAGUGUGCGUCAUCUUAAACCAUCUACCUCAGAAACCAAGCAGAGUGCCCCCUCAGAGACCCAGACAGUGGGGGUACAGGUAUUGCAUGUGUGCAGCGAGCACACAUCACGUUCCACCCAUCCAGAGCCUGCCCUGAAUUUGACUUUAGCAUCGAAGGAAAUCCCAAGUAAGCCAGAAGCACAGCUGGGUCAGGAAAAGGGAGAGGCUAAGCUGGAGCUGAAAUAUGUUCCACCCAGGAGGAUUGAACAGGAGGGAAAGGCAGCCCAGGAAGGGUAUCUGGGAUGUCACAAGAAAGAGAAUCUGUCAGUCUUGGAGGGAAAGGAGCCAUGUGGGGAAGCACACCCAGAAGCCACCGAUGCACUUGGCCGUCUGCCCAACAGUGACCCCCACCACCUUGGGGUGGGGAGAGGCAACUGUGAAGAGAAGGGAGGACUCAACCCAGGGGAGCCGGAUUCUCUCCACAGCACCCCCAAACAGGGCCCUGCUUCCUUAGGUGGGGCCGAUAAUCAGCCCACUGGCAAAAUUUCACCAUGUGCAGGUGGGAAGUUGGGUGAAAGGACAUCUAGCAACUUUUCACCAGGUGACAGUCAUGUGGCUUUUAUUCCUACUCAUCAGACUGGCAACAAGCCCUCAGAUGUCAGUGAGGAGGAAAGGCUGCUGGGCAAUGGGAACGAGGACAGUGUUACGGUUUUGGCGCUCAGUCCUUCUGUUGGAGAGAGCAAGACAGAGGUGCCUGAGCCCCUGGAUCCUCCAAGUGGCAGCUCAGAUGCACGGGAAAGCAAAGAGAUCACCACGUCUGGUGCUGAAAACAGGAACCUUCCAGAGAACGCAGCUAAGACUGAAAGCACCUCAGCAAGAGCAGAUUCAGUUCUCAAUAUUGCAGCACCCCUCCACCCAGAGACAACUGUGAACAUGACCCACCAGCCUACAACACCCAGUAGCAGUUUUCAGGAUGUUCGCGUGUUUGGUAUGGACGCGGGGUCCCCCUUGGUGCUCCCACCCCCUACUGACAGUGCACGCUUGUUGAACACAUCCCCCAAAGUGCCUGACAAGAACACCUGCCCCAGUGGGAUCCCCAAGCCUGUCUUCACACAUUCCAAGGACACAGUUUCCUCGCAGGAGGGAAUGGAGAACCAUCAGGUUGAAAAAACAGAGGAGAGGACAGAAACCAAGCCCAUCAUUAUGCCCAAGCCCAAGCAUGUGAGGCCCAAGAUCAUCACCUACAUCAGGAGGAAUCCCCAGGCCCUGGGCCAGGUGGAUGCCUCGCUGGUUCCCAUGGGGCUUCCAUAUGCCCCGCCCGCGUGUACCACGCCUCUUCCCCACGAGGAGAAGGCGGCAAGUGGUGACCUGAAGCCGUCUGCCAACCUCUAUGAGAAAUUCAAGCCAGACCUGCAGAAGCCAAGGGUCUUCAGUUCCGGAUUGAUGGUGUCUGGGAUCAAGCCCCCAGGACAUCCUUUCAGCCAAAUGAGUGAAAAGUUUUUGCAGGAGGUUACAGAACACCCUGGAAAAGAAGAGUUUUGCUCCCCAACCUAUGCUCACUAUGAAGUCCCUCCGACUUUCUAUCGGUCAGCCAUGCUCCUUAAGCCCCAGCUAGGAUUGGGUGCAAUGUCCCGUUUACCAUCUGCAAAGAGCAGGAUUCUGAUUGCAAGUCAGAGGUCUUCAGCAAGCGCCAUCCACCCACCAGGACCCAUAACAACAGCCGCCAGUCUUUAUAAUUCCGAUCCUUCAGCAGAUUUAAAGAAAGCUUCCAGUUCAAAUGCUGCAAAAUCCAAUCUCCCGAAAUCUGGUCUCCGUCCUCCCGGAUACUCGCGUCUCCCAGCAGCCAAGCUGGCGGCGUUUGGCUUUGUCCGGAGCUCCAGCGUCUCCUCAGUCUCCAGCACCCAGUCCACGGACAGUGCACAGCCAGAGCAGAGCCGGCCGGCCACCCGUUCAACCUUUGGGAAUGAAGAACAGCCAGUUCUGAAGGCAUCUCUGCCUUCUAAGGACAUACCCAAGGGGGCCAGCCGGGUGGCCCCUCCAGCAUCCUCCAGUGUGACAGCACCCCGCAGGAGUUUACUUCCGGCACCAAAACCCACUUCCACACCCGCUGGAACAAAGAAAGAAGCUCAGAAAGAUCAAGACACUAAUAAGCCCGCCGUUUCAUCUCCUAAGAGAGGAGCAGCUUCAACCACCAAGCUUCAUUCACCAGGAUACCCAAAGCAGAGGACUGUGGCAGCUCGAAACGGGUUUCCACCCAAGCCGGACCCGCAGGCCCGGGAGGCUGAGCGGCAGCUGGUGCAGCGGCUGAAGGAGAGGUGCGAGCGGCAGGCCAGGCAGCUGGGCACCGCGCAGGGAGAGCUGAGGAGGGCGGUCUGCGGCUUCGAUGCCCUCGCCGUGGCCACGCAGCACUUCUUUAGAAAGAAUGAAAGUGCCCUUGUGAAAGAAAAAGAGCUGUCAAUCGAACUUGCGAACAUCAGGGAUGAAGUUGCCUUCCAUACAGCAAAGUGCGAGAAACUACAAAAGGAGAAGGAGGAGCUGGAGAGGCGGUUUGAGGACGAGGUGAAGAAGCUGGGCUGGCAGCAGCAGGCUGAGCUCCAGGAGCUGGAGGAGCGGCUGCAGCUGCAAUUCGAGGCGGAGAUGGCGCGCCUGCAGGAGGAGCACCGCGGCCAGCUGCUCAGCAUCGGGUGUCAGCACCAAGAGCAGGUGGAAGAUCUCAGCGCCAGCCAUGAGGCUGCUCUCCUAGAGAUGGAAAAUAACCACACGGUUGCCAUCGCGAUCCUGCAGGAUGACCACGACCACAGAGUCCAAGAACUGAUGUCCACUCAUGAGCUUGAAAAGAAAGAAUUAGAAGAAAAUUUUGAAAAGCUGCGGCUGUCAUUACAGGACCAGGUGGACACGCUGACCUUCCAGAGCCAGUCUCUGCGGGACAGAGCACGCCGCUUCGAAGAGGCCUUGAGGAAGAACACGGAGGAGCAGCUGGAGAUUGCAUUGGCUCCUUAUCAGCACUUGGAAGAAGACAUGAGGAGUCUGAAGCAGGUAUUAGAGAUGAAGAAUCAGCAAAUACACGAGCAGGAAAAGAAGAUUCUUGAGCUGGAAAAGCUGGCAGAAAAGAACAUUAUCCUAGAAGAAAAGAUCCAGGUUCUCCAACAGCAGAAUGAAGACCUUAAAGCAAGGAUUGAUCAAAACACAGUUGUCACCAGACAACUGUCGGAGGAAAAUGCUAACCUCCAGGAAUAUGUUGAGAAGGAAACCCAGGAGAAGAAGAGAUUGAGCCGAACCAACGAAGAGCUGCUUUGGAAGCUCCAAACUGGGGACCCAACCAGCCCGAUUAAACUCUCGCCCACAUCUCCCGUUUACCGCGGCUCCUCCUCGGGGCCCUCCUCCCCGGCCAGAGUCAGCACGACUCCCAGAUGACGCCACUGCGCGGCCUGCGGGAGCUCCGGCUUCUCGUCCUCCUGUCUCCACCCUGAGGGAGCACUGACCCGGUGCUGCCGGAGCGGGCCCUGAAUGCAUGCUUCAGUAGCUGCAAAUGCCUCCAAGGCGCGUCCUCCUCUGAUCCCCGUGUAAGACUGCCCUGGUGUCCGCACUUAGGAACGUGUAAACGGUAAAGUCUGAUGUGCAAACGUCUUACCAUAGUUAGAGCCAAAAGAAAGACACUUGCAAUUGUUCUUGAGCAAUGAACUUUCACUGCAGAAUUUCAGGUUAGUUACCAAAAGCUCAGUUUUCAAUAUCCAUUGAAUAAUCUUUGUGUACUGCACCGGUAUGUGUGUAUAUUUAGAUACAAUUCUAUACACAUGCGGCGGUUCUGAAUUGCAUUUUUUAUAACAUGAAGUGCUGACAUAUUUUGGUGAAGGUCAGCAGUUUUCUAACUUGUGCCUAAAAAUUAUUGGGAAAUGAAAAUGCAUUUCUAUCUAGCUUCCCAGGAAUAUUUCUACCCAAAAUAGAAAAAGGAAAAAAAAAAAAAGAUACAGAGAAGAAGCGCCUUUCAACUCACCACCAAGUGGUACUCUCUUUACACGAACACCAGCGAUUUGUGAAUGGUAACUGCCUUUGGAACAAUCAGCUUCUUAGUCAACACGAUAUGAGGUCACUAUUCUUCCAUUCGCAAGGUUUAAUUAUUGAUACUCCUGUCAUGAGUGGAUCAGGGAGAGCCGUGGGAAACCCGAAGGGGGUUUAGCAGCUUUUCAGAUGUGACUUAUGACAGUGACUCAUCUCCAAUAGUCUUGUAAACUCAAGUUUUGCUUUUUUCCCAAAAACGGCAUCUCAGACUCGGUCAUUCAGCUACUGUUGCACCCUCGGGAAAACAAGGCAGAGCAAGACCUUUGAGUGAGAGUGAGGAUGGCCUUGGGGUGACCGCGCCCGUUCACGCUCCAUCCUCCUGAAGGAAAUUGCUGCUAGGGUCUGUAUUUUGACCAGGCACAGAGUGGGACCGUCACGCCAGCUUUCCAUGUGGUUUGCUCUGAUACGAUGCUGUAAAUGAUCAACUCAUUGAAAUAUGACCCUCAGGCCCCCGAUUCAUAGCAGUCCCCCUUUCAGUUUGGUUCUACAGCUCAAUCCCUUCGCUGCACAUUGAGGUGGCUCAGGGGUUCUAGCAGGGGCAUCUGGGAAAAACACCAUUUUCUGUCCUAGGGGACCAGUUCUGAGCUGUGCUGGACCAUCACAUGACCACUCAGAAACCCACUUGCACUUCCUGCUGGAUGAUCAGGCAGUGCUACCGCUGACCCUGCUGCCAUCUUAGAGCCAGAAGGUUCUCCCAGACAGAGGAGCGCAGUGAAGCAGCCAGCCAGGCAGCACAUCCUGGACUGGCACGUGUCUCUAAAAUGGUAGAAUUAGGAUGUAACCAGUACUCAUGUAGUGUUGUGGAAGAUUAGGAGCAUGAUACACAAAAGGAAGAAGUAGUUUUAACACAUACGGUGAUGAUGAUGAUGCCCUUGUUUCCUUGUAUAUGACAAAGACCCUGCACUAUCUCUCUGAGGCCCCCCAGAAUUAUCCUGAGCACAGGCCUGUCUUUGAGCAUGCCCAAGAUGAGAAGAACCAUGAGGGGGUUCUGCAGGGGCCGGAGCCAUGGAGCAGGGAAGAAACAGCCCGAGGAUGAGGACGGCUUGUCCAGGGCACGCCUACUCGGCACAUGUGUGGCCGGCACGAAGGCAGACACGGUCCCUGGCCCUAGCAUGAGUCCAAGCUGGGCUGCCGGGCCUCAGGUACAUCUCCAGCACACCUCCAAGGGUCUUGCUCCUUCUGGGGACGUACACAGUAAAUCCACAUGGAAGCACUAUUUCUCUUUGCUUUAGUGGCUCUGCAUGAUACUGUGAUAUUGAGUUGGGCAUUCCAUUAGAGUAGAUCAUGCCACAUUGACCAAGUACACAAUUAUUUAUUCUUGUAGCAGGAACAACCUGCAAACACAAAUUCGGUUACAGCUUAGCUGUCCGAAUUAGGAACUGCUUACAUAGCCGCACCUGCUAAAUGCAGUUACACAGCAAUACCAACUUCCGUGUGAUGCUAGAACGUGGAACAGUGUGUUAGGCUGCUGUGGUCAGAGUUGUAGCAUUGUUAGCAUUAAGUAAUUCCUCAUUAGGUGAACUUUGGUGAGAGCUUUGCCCUAAUCCACCCUGACCUUGGGUACUUGGGCUAAUUUCCACAUGACCCUGGUUUCAUUUUGUUUGUUUGUUUUUUGGGGUUUUUUUUUUUUUUGUCGUGGACACCCAUCAUGUAUGGCUCUUCAUCUGAGCCAUGGGGUGGCAGCUGCUGUGCCUCCUCCUCGAUUCUUCCACCCCCACCCGCCACGCCAUCAGGAUUCCAUUUCUCUCCACAUGGCGUCCACCUCUGUCCCCUUCCAGGCUGGAGUGACGUUUCCACGUUUGGAUGCUGCAGCCUCUGCACUGCCUCAGACAGACCCACCAGAUACAACUCGUCUCUUUGUGGCGUUGGGAGAUGUGUGGGCAGCCUGCCCCCACCCCCACCGCUGGCCACCACAUGCUGGGACAAGGUUCUGGUUGAGCGUCGGAACAGGUAGGGAUGGGGGCGGCCCCAGCCAUGAUUAGUUGAAUGAAUGGGGUCACAACAUCUUUUUUCCUGCCCCUGUGGUUUGUGUUGCAUAUAUGUGUUUAACUAAAGCCUAUUAAAAUAAACUUGAGGGACUUUCUGUGAUAUCUACUUGAUGUAACUGGAGACUUGUCCCUCUCAGGCUGGGGAUCCCGGGCAGGGAGGCAAGUGGGGGUGUUUGCAGGCUGGACUCCUUUUUGGUGUGUGCCAGGGUCGGGUGCUCAUCCAUGAAAGAAGUCUGGAGAUCCCCUUUCCCAGACUCAGCAGGUCGCAGGUCCCUGCACCCACCCUUCCAGCCUGGGGGGCUUGAGCAGCCCCUCCCCUGGACUUGGGAGGUCAGUGCCUCUGCUCUGCAAGGCCAGGGUGUACUGGAGUCAGCUGGAAAGCGGACAAAAAAGGUCAUUCAUUCAUUUCAACCCAAAAGUGCUUGCUCCCCUCAUCCCGAUGGCCUUCAGUUUGGACUGCAGCCGGUUUAGCCAGCUGGCCCUUGGAGUGUCCCACAGGUGCCUGGCACUGGUAACAAGGGAGAAGCCCGGGUUCGCAGGUUCCCUGUGGUGGUUUGCAGGGUGUGUGGGAGUGGCUAUUUUAGAGUUCUGCAAGUCCCUCCUAAACAAUUACCGAACAGACCCUUUGUAGACGACACAGUUUACUUCUGGACCUCACAGGGAACACCCCAAGGCCACCUCUGGGUCAUCCAGGCCUCCCAGGGUAUUGAUGGCAAUUCUUAAUAAUCUACCUGGCAACGUGUCCUAACCCAUUUGUUUCUUUUGAGGUGUCUUGUGUGCCCUUCGCUUUCAUAAUGACCUCCUCCUAUUGUCCUUAACUCACCGUGUACAGGGAACAAGGCAGGUGGCAGCUACUGGCACAAGCAGGAGGUGAGAUUAGAGCCAGCUUUCCACUGUCCCUGGAGAGCAGCAUCCCCUUCCACAGCUAAUUUGCAGUAGACAGAGGAGACUCUGGAAGUCAGCUCACUCACUGACCUCCUCUGUGCCAAGAGCCUUGGAGAGCCUGGCUCUCCCUGUGUGGGAGGCUUGUAUCACCCUAGCAAGAAGGGAGUUACAGAGUUAAGCAUGAGGGGAAGCCAAACAGUUGGACAGCUUUCCACCUGCGACUGGAGUCGAAGGCUGUUCUCAAAGCCAUUGCUGUGUCAGUGUUAACGCUUCAAGCCGUGACUCUGGGAUUGCACUGUGACCUCAUCCAUGACCACAAGUGGUGAGGCUCCUGCUCACGUGAGAGCCUGUCAAACGCGCACACACACAUACACACACAACCAAAGGCUGGUAAGUCAUUCUGGUGGCACAGUGUGUGUUAAUUCACAAUUCACUUACAUUUGCCAAAUGUUUUUGUUAGCCAGUCUGCAUCUCUCAAACCUCUUGCCCCCAAACCAAGACAGACAUCUGGUGUUUCUGAUGGCCUGGCUCGGGUCACUCUCAACGCAGCGUGAUGAUGCAGGCCAAUCUUCCUUGCUCACUACGUCGGGAAUUUUUUUUCCAGUGCCAGCACCAGGCAGGGUGGGGAUGCCCUGCAGCUCUGAGCUCAGACAGCCCUGCAGUGUACAUGUGUACAGACCUCCUGGGGGCCCAUGCCUCCUCCCUCUGUGGCACCCACACCACAGGCAUCCAGAGAGCCCCUGCCACGCAGCCACUGCCCCUUCGUGCUGCCUUCUUGCAUGACUGCACCACCACCAAAUUCACGUGGCAGGCACUGGGCUUCGCCCCACCUCCCUCAUGGUGGGAACAGUGCUUCUGAACCAGCCGACACUCAUCAGGUGCAUUGUUUCAAGGAGAACUUAAAAGCAUCCCCGGUAAGGUCCCACCCAGCCACAGCUUUUUCUUCCACAUGCAGUCCCAAUUCCACUGGAAUUAGGUGCUCUGCCACACCAAGAGCCAAAAAGCUGUUCCCCUCAUUAGCAAAGAUAUUGCCUGUUUCAUUCCCAGCGGCUUUUCUUCAAACUGCAUUUUUUAAAUGGCUGUAUUUAUGGCUGGGUGGACAGGAUUCAUUUGGUAAAACUGAACUGUUCCCUUUGAACGGGGGCUGAUGGGAUGAUCUGUAGUUGUUUCCAGCCCACCCCCGGCCCCCGCAGUCCCAGACCCUGCCCAGAUCCGUGUGGUGUCUGAGCAAGGGUGGGCUGGAAGCUGGGUUUGAAAGGCAGGGCCAGCAUCCCAGGUUGUGGCUCCACAGGCUUCCUUGUUGCUGUGAAUGCCAUUUGGGGGCAGCUUUUAAUUGACCAGAGGUGCUUCAUAACCAAACUGUACAAGCAGAAACUUUCUCCAGGUGGUGCCUCUCAAGCCUCCAGCCUGGCAUCGUCCCACAGGGCCUUGAAGAACCAUGCAUCAGGGUUUUCGAAGAGACGGCUCUUGGCAUGGCCUUUUCAAGCUGCCUUCGCAGCACCAAGCAGAGCCACUAGGUGGCAGUGUGGCGCUGUGGGAACUGGGGUUCACCUUGCACUUGGCUGAAAGUCAUCCUCGGGGACCAGAGGUCUCUGUCCUACAGGACACCUGCAAAAAUCCAGGAUCAAGAUCACAGACAAGCUGAGGACCAGAGAGCAGCUCGCCGGCCCUACUCCUCACACGGCUCCCUGUCUGCCUUCAGCACCAUCCAUCGGCUGACAAAACUCAAAAAGGUCAGACCUUCUCUUGUGCGCAGCAGAUCUGCUGGUAUAGCUGCUGUGAACCACUGCAUCUUACUGUCUGGAAAUCAAGGCCCACUUGAUGGAGUCUGUCUCCUGUGCAGAAAAAUGGAUCCUUUCUCAAGGGAGUUGAGGGAGUCAGAGAGCAACAAUUACCAAAAUGGCUACACUCCUCACCCCAGCCCCUCUGCCCUCUGCUUCCUCCAACGGGAUGGUGUGUGUGCAGGCCAGCACAGGCCGGGGCGGCAAUGGGUAAUAUCGUUUUGCUGCCGAAGACCAAGUCCGUCAGCAAAUGCCUGACAACUGGCAGCCUCUGAGUCGCUUUGCCCCAGCAGCUUGGUUGGCAGGAAGACCUCUGUGGCCCCAAAGCCAAACAAAUCUGGAGAUGAUAUCAGAGCAUCCAAAAUGGGGGUUCAAGGGAUUCCCUGGUUGAGGCUCAAACUGUUGGAAUGAGAAUUUCAUUUCCAAAUGGCAGGAAAGUGAGAAGAUGGGACUAAAGUCAUGGGCUGUGGGGAAGCAGGGUGGGAUUGGAACUCUUGGGGCACUGUCAGGUCUGGGACCCAGCAGACACCUGCUAGAAUUCUUGAGAUCACACCAUGCACAUGGAAGCCAUAGACAGAAUUUAUUAGAAUUUGCGGAAGCAUGAGAUAAUGUACCACAAAAUAGUUUGAUUUUAUAACAUAAAGUAUGGUAGGAAGUUGUCAAUGUACAUAGUGAUGUCAGCAAAAAGGCGGGGGGGGGCGGGGCGUGGGCAAGGCAGUUUCACAUUUUUUGAAAGGUGGUGGACGACAACUACACUGUCCUUACAGUGAAAUAAAAGCAGGAGAGACCCAGCAGAGGCCAGCCUAAUUUGCGGUUAGCAUCGGAAUCUACAUCUAGUGUCGCAACUUUA